AUAACCAAGGUUUUUGUGCUGGCAAACGCACUACAAUUCUUUUCGAUUCUUUUAUCUAACCUGUCCUUCCAGAUUUUAUUAAUUUAAGUUGUAGCCCAUAUCAGUUAGUUAGAUCCACUUGAAAUAUUUAAAAGCAUUGAAACUGUGCGUGUUCAAUUAACGUUAUCCGAUCAUAUCGAAAAAAUACACAUUUCUAUUUCUUUUUAUAAGAAUUUCCCAAAACCGAUUCGUUGUCACUGCCUAAUCUUAAGUAGCAUUCAAGUACGUUAUGUCAACUGAUUUAUAGAUUGACUGAAUGUAAAAUUUUAUGACAAGAAAUGUCUACAAUGCACAUGCCUAUACCAACAAAUUGUGGUUGUAUAACCGAUGGGCAUGGUAUGAGCGGUGGGAUAAGAACAAUACGAACCUAAUAUGAUUAUUUAUUUUUCAACAUAGUCUUCUUUUACCUCAAUAUACAUAGCCAUGUUACAAAUUCUUUAACCCUUCUGAAAAAUAUUUUUCGAAGAUCUGCAAAGUUAUAUGAAUAGAAACAAAAAUAAAUCCGAUCGCAUAGGACAGUAUUCGCCUCCUUCAACUGUUCGUUGAUCUCUGGUAUGUACUGGUGGAUCCUUAAAACAUAGUAGUUGAUAAGUUUCAGCAACUUCUUUUUUGGAUUCAUACUGAUUUUUUGUUAGAAUACCUUGAGAAUUGGAAAACAAUCAUUUAACAAUACUCCUAUUACUGUGCGUUAUAGAAUUGAAUGGACAUCAAGAUCAAAGGUAAACCAAAGACUUUUCAGCUCAUGCAACUUGCUUCGAAAUCUCUGGAAAAAACAUACUUCAAAAUCCAAAAGAAGAAUAGAUCAUAUCCUUCCUACAUUUUAAUUUUCGCAAAGAUCAUAAUUCCAAAUAAAAAUAUUCUUGGUAUAAUUUUUUUCAUUUCAACUUAACUUUGAAAGAAAUUACUGUACUCCAUCGCGAUAAAUGGAUCCACUGGUCGAAACAGUGGAUCUUCAUCGACUCUUUGAAGAAGAGUUCACAUAGAAACCAAAGACUGUCCUAUCAGAAAAGCAGAAAGGCGAUAGUUUUACUGUUUUCUUGGAGUCACAAGGUCCGAUCUUCAUCAACACUCUGGAGAAGAGAGCAACGGUCACAUAGAAACCAAGGGCUGUCCUAUCAGAAAACCAGAAAGGCGAUAGUUUUACCAUUUUCUUGGAGUUACAAGGUCUGAUCUUCAUCGACUCUCUGGAGAAGAGAUUAACAGUCCCAUAGAAGCCAAAGACUGUCCUAUCAGGAAACCAGAAGGGCGAUGAUUUUACGAUUACUAGUUCGAGUAGAUAAUUUGUAUAUAGAAAAUUCUUAAAAGCUCAAUCAAUUAGUUCCGCACCUCCGAACGACGGAGUGCGUUCGGCAACUCUGGUACAUCAUAAAAAGAGAAUUCACUCAAUAUCGAGCACAAACAAAAAUAUGCGUCAUUAUUUUUUUUUAGAAAAAAGGAAAAGAGAGAUGGGAGUACCUUUGUUGACAACAAAACGCUACAAACUGUUGUGUUCUUGAAGAUAAAAGCAUGACGAUGUGCAAAAUAUGACUUAUGCUUUCCAUAUCUGCACAUUUUUUCAUGACAAGCCUUAUCAGCGCUAUAUACUAACUUGGCUCUAUGUAUAUUUAUAGAAGAGUAUAGUAAAUAAAGGCUUAUUUUUGUAUCGGUUAGACCGCAAUAUCGAUGUUUGAAUGUUUAUAACCAAAUUACGCUUGGUUUGUACGAAGGUACACGAGUCAGAUAAGAACCAAUGGUAAAACUAUUGAGCCUAUACUUAUUUAUUUCACACCAAGAUAAAUAGUCGCAAUUAAAUAGUGAUUGAAAUUGGCUAAAAGCAGAUCACUGCGCGCUUUGAUUGUAGCAAAUGUUGGAUUUGGCGCGAAAAUGGUGCAGGAACUUUUGUCAUCCACUCGCCAAGGAGUUUCAGUUGAAAAAAUUCAGCUUGACGCAUCAGCCGAUCGAUGACUUCGCUAAAUCACAAUGGCAGAGGAGAAGCCGAUCGUUAUGUUGGCUCAUCUAUCGCUGGCUCUUGGCAGCUUUUUUCACUUCCGUCGUAUGCGACACUAUGGUCAAACUCUUCUAUGACGGCAGAUGGUUUAUUUACCUCACCGCAUGGGGUUUCUUUCUCUGCAUGCUCACCAGUAUAUAUGGCGCGAUUUUAGUUAGCUUAUAUUAUUGGCGUCCACAUGAAUUCGCUGCCCACCCUGUUGUAUUCAAAAUUUACUGGGUUUCUUAUUGGACCACUUUGGUGUUGGCGACUGUGAUUACUCUUGUCUAUUGGAGCCUACUUUAUCCAUAUGACAACAGCGGUAUCUCGUUGACCUACAAUUUACUAGGACAUGCCAGCAAUUCCAUUCUGAUGGUGUUAGACCACAUGUUGGUGGCAUUUCCCACGCGUAUUUUGCACUUCGUUUAUCCCAUUGGAUUAUGUGUGAUUUAUGUGAUUUUCUCCCUGAUCUACUAUUUUGCUGGCGGCGUAGACACUCAAGGAGACCAUUAUAUAUACAAGAUUUUAGAUUGGACCCAACCAGGUUUGGCGGUAACAACAAUUGUUAUUUGCUUUGCUUUACUGUCAAUUAUGUCAUUUGUACUUUUUGGAAUGUACAAACUGCGUUGCUUCAUUUACAGUAAGAUCCAUAAAUCCGUUUUGGUAAUCCAAGUUUAAGUUAUAAUCAUUGUUAUAUAGUACUAUGCGUAACCUAAGUUAUUAUAUGGCUCUAUAAUGUUAAGUACUAGAAUACCCCAGUAAAAUAUUCAAACAAAGCUUGUUCACUUUUGAAUACCGCAUUCAAAAUUAAAAGAGGAUCAGAAUGCUAUUUUUCCUUGCCUUAUUAUUGAUCCCCUAGGAUAAUUUUUGUAAUUUAGAAUGUAUUGAUCAAAUUUUUAUUAGGAUUAUUGGAAUUUGUUCGUUAUUGUUUUAGUACAAAUUGUUUAAAUUUAAUUUGGGAAAGUUAUGUAGCUUAUAGAAAGUUAUAAUAAGUUCGUAUGUAUAUUAUAUAUAGUGCGAUAAGUAUUAGAUUUAUUAAUAUAUUAUAUGAUACUAGAAGAUCAAAAAGCAAUUAUUAAGCACAUAUAAAUGUUAAUUAUGUCAAAGACUAAGUCCCUUAAUGCUUGGAAAGGUCUAACAGGCUUAUGAAAGCAUAGCUGAUGUGGCAAUACUUCUUAGAACUUUAAAACUUAAUUAAUUAAUAAGCAAUAGGAACUAACCAAUUUACGUCUUCUACAUAUGUAUUUCGCGAGAUAUAUUUCUCCAAAUGCCAUAGUUCUUUAUAGUGAUUUUAAGUUUUAAAAAGAAAAA